CGUUUUAGACGAUCGCCAUUAUUCUACAGAAGUACAUGUAGGGAUGAGUGAUUCAAGUGACAAUGAGUCGUGGGAGUACAGUGUGGCAGAAGAAGACGUGGAGUGUGACGUAUGUAAGGUAGAAGACGUGGAAAUGCAGUGUGAGACCUGCCUCGUUAACAUGUGUAAGAAAUGUGUCCAGAAACAUCUCGAGUCAAAGGAGGACGAAAAACACAGCAUCUCCAGAUUUCCCGGCUUCCUCCACCAAUACCCAGCAUGCGCCUCUCACGACAACAGGAGGUGUGAGCUGUAUUGUAAAGACUGUGACGAUCCUAUCUGCGUCACGUGUAUUACGUCAGAGAAACACCGCGGUCAUGAUUUACAAGACGUCCUGGAAACGUUUCUGGAAAGAGAAAAAUCAUUUUAAAGAGAAAGCUCUUUCGUUUGAAAGGUUUUAUACCAAUUACAACUUUAGUAAAGUGCAAACUAGAGACUAUAUUUUUAUGUAUAUUGUUGAAGUAUUAAAGCUUUGUAGAUGCUAUGAUGUGCUUUCCACAGAUAUGCAAUACCCAAUUUUAGUCAAAGUAACAUAUUUUUUGCGCAAGAAUUGAAGUAACAGUUUAUCAUUGAGUCAAAUGCUGACUGACAUUUUUCAUACUUAUUGUUAGUCCAUGUUUAUACAUUGAAUUGAAGACGUAUUUUCCCGUUAUUUCUCGAUCAUGACAAGGAGCACACAGCGGAUGUGGCCGGUCAGCAGGGGAUGCUCACUCCUCCAUGGCACCUGAUCCCACUUCUGAUGUUUUGGAAGUCAGUGUUUGCUCUGCUUCUAUUUUGCAUCGUUUUAUAGACUUUUGAUCUUGAAUACUGUUGUUUAUAUUCUUGCGUUUCA